GAAGAUUGAUUGUUGGCCGCAAUGAAAUGGUGAAAAGCAAAAGUAGCCUAGGUGGCAAAUAUUGAUGAACACAAGCUGACUUCGAUUUAUCUGAAAACGGGAAAUUUGUAGGUAGAAGGGAAGACGUGGGGGUUUGUCUGAAUUAGGGGCACGUGCUCCGUUGUGCCUGUCUGAGUUCAUAAAGAUGCGUCGCUUGUUACUUGCUUCCUCAGUGCAUUACGUAGUGUUUGGAAGCCGUGCCAGACGCGGAAAUCUCAAUGAAAACUGUACGCCAGGAGAAAGGUGCGAGGAUGAAACUGCGGAGGGCUCUUCGAAGUCUACAUCAGUUUCCAAACCCUCGCGGGAAGGGAAAGAAGGUAAUACGUUCCGGAGUACGACUUUACUUCCCUAUUCUCUCCUUGCCACCUUUUUCAGAUUGGCAGGUGCCUGAAAAUGAAUUAUGAAUAUCACUGUUACAAUUUAGUGCUCGUUUCCAGCGAUCGCACAUUAUAUCUUGUGGUCAUGAGAAAAAACGUUGAUUUUUCGAAAUCAAGACAUUCUCUACUCUGUAUUUGGAAUCCGGUUUCAAAUACUGACCCCAUCCGCUCUACUACAAGGUGCUGUCGGGGCUGAGGCGAGCGCGCGUGCCUCUUACCGCACAUCCGCAGACGAUGCGGUGCAUAAGGGGAGACUUGUGGUGGGUUCCUUUACCGAGACCAACCAGAAGGAAACAAUGCGUCGAGCUUUCUCGAGUGUCGUUCCAUAAGGCGCCGUCGGGAAAGGGGAUUAUGAUCCCCAAUAGUUGACGCUGGCGAAGUAUUGCAUGAAUUCUCUCACUACUUCAGUCACAAAAUUGCAUUACCCAGGACCCCACUGAACGCCUUACUGCUUUGAUCAUCUCUAACAACAAAGCGGGAAGACGAACAAUUUGCCGAAAAAAGACGAUAGAUUGAAGCAGGCUCAAGAUGAACUGGUGGAGGUAACGAGGAAGCUAACAGAGGCCGAGGCCAAAGCGGAAAAAAGUGGUAAUGAAUCAUAAACGAAUGUGAAUUGUUGAUCUGAUUCUCCGUGAUUCCUUCGCCCUGUAGUUGAUGAUGACGUGUAUUUAGGUCAAAUAUGAGAAUUGCAUGUCGUUGAUAUCCAUUUGUAUGUUGUGAAGAACUUGAAAGCAAAGAAGUGCACACGUAGUUCGCAAGUGGAUACUACUCGACAUUUUUCAGAAAUUUUCUCACCUCGAAUAGCUGGAAAACAGUCCCCUAUAUCAUCCAACUCCCGUCUUCAUUAGGGCCAGACACAGCGGAUAAAGCUAAGAAGUUGUGUAGUCAGGGAGGUUGCCUAAUUGUGCCUUACGUCACCGGAAGCGGUACUGCUAUACGAGAUUUUUGGUCUUUAUGAUCAAGUAUGACGUUGCUCUUAAUACAAAACACCAGAGUUGAGCAGGGAAUUGAUGUGAACCAUGAGACCAAUGAAUCCUCUUUGCAGUGCUCUAGCUCAAACACAAUCUAUGUAUAGGUAAGCUCCUCAUGGCUAAGGGCGAGCACGUGGUUGGCAUUCACGUAAAGGCUGCCAUGGCGAGGCAACUUCCACGUUUUGCGGAUGUUAUCCGUUUCAGAUAUGAGAACGUCUUUUCACCCGACGAGGACUCCGACGGCGACGGGGACAAGACACAUCAGCAGAGCCUGAAAGCCGCCAGAAAACAGGACUUUGUGCUAAACAACUGCCUGUUCCCCCGAUGGGAGACGAUAGUGAAGUCGGAACUAGAUGCUAGGUCGCCGAUUCAUUUUGAAGAUUGUGUUAUGACAACUAAGAGUGCAACCUAAACGUGCUUGCCCUUGCGUCUUUUCCUAGGGGGAAAAGCACCAAGGAUGUUUACUGUGAUGCGAAUGCGGUAGCCCUAAUCCUAACAGUGUGCGCGGGUCUGUUGAGCUUAGUGGGUCCCUUGCUUUUUCCGUUUACAAGAUUAGCAUUAGCCGUACCGCCGACGCCAAGGACGGUCUAUUGACUAGAGCGACGAAUCUGAGAAAGGAUUGCGGUUUCGAGCAUGAAACGCAUUUCCAGAAAGUAUUCAAGCAUAUCGCGAAGAACUUGAUGAACUUUGUCUUAACGACGAAUGUUAUGGGGAGCACUUCUUUAUGUAUGUCCCGUGUGAGGCAUCCUAAAUGGAGACCACUCUUAUUUUCAUGGGGAAACAAGGUGGCACUACAAGAUACCUACUCAAAUAUGUGCAAGUAAAUACUAACUCUAGAAAGGAACACUCUAUUAAAGGCUAACUCUAACGAAAACGGGGAGACAAACGAGAUGGAAAUACGCUGCAUAGUGGUCAAGCAGCAAAAAUCAAACCUGAUGUUGAUGCUGGCGACGUUCAACAGACAGGAUGUACAUGGGGACAGAAAUGUCAUUGUGCGAAGCUUCUACUCAUUUGUGUAAUGAUCACUUAUUCACUUGCUUUCAACUUAUUCACAUAUUCACUUGUAGCUGACUGGGAGUGGCUGCUGACCUCAGAGCGAGAGAAGCACAACUAGAACACGCGCCAGACAGAAGCCGCUGGACAUAAGUAAUAAAGCGGAAGCCUGCCCGUCGUUCUAUAUCAGUGCCAACAGGAACAACAGUCGGGAGACCACUGACAAUCCAGCAACAAGCUAGAGCAUAUCGCCGAGCAGAUUCGCGUCGUCAUUCACUUGCUUCCAAAAGGGUCCGGCUCAUUUUUGUAAGUUCGUGGUGCUUGACGACGAAACUUUACAGGUUAAGCUUUUUUUCCUUUGAAAUCACCAUAGACGACAUGGCCAUGAUGAUAGUACAGCUGAACGGUUAUACCAAUGGCGAAGAACAACAACUACAAGGACCCAAAGCCCUUAUCCUGUUUGCCUCAGAGAGGACAUUUCAAGGGAAAGCCGAAAAGGAGCCGUGUUCGGCUCUGUAGUCAGUUAGGAUAUCUCCUUAUCAGUUGGCACAGACCUCCAUACGUCACAGAGAAAGAGAUUUUUAUGUGCUGAUGCCCCUCAUCUUCCGGCCAGAGUGAAAGACGCCAUCUCGCUUUAAUUCCUAAAAAAGUGCGACAACUGCCACCGAUUGCCAAAAUAGUGCGACAAUUCUUGCCAAAAAAAUGCGCCAACUGCCAAGAAAGUGUG